AUGACUAUUUCGAUAUCGGAGAGCGCCUACGACAGAAGAAGACUGAUAUGUCUGGACCGCCGCAGGUCUCUCAGCUCUAACUACAAGUGCUUCCAGAACUACUACAACGCUCUCAAGUACCUCCAACCGAAGCCAACUUACAUCUCGAACGUAAGGUCUUCGGUCAACCACUGGCAACUCAGGGACUUGGUGCAAGUGGAUGCUCAGACUGGAUCCGUCUACUACACACUAGACGAUUCCAUCAGGGCGCUACUGGUGUUUCCCUUGUGGGAGGAGUCAUUAAGGUCGUACGACUAUUUGAGCCUACCGUACUUUCCAAGAUGUUUCAACCACAGCGCUGGCGGGCAUGUGGUUGCCGGUGGAGUGAUCACGUCGCUGUCGAAAGUGUUCUCGAUGGAUAUCCCCGAUUUAACUAAAUCGAUCCCUGGUACAUCCCACAGACUGCCUAAGGGCUUGUUCUCGUUCUACUCCCCAUACACUGAUGGCGAUCUCACAUACAAGCUUGGUGAAAUGAUCAACAAUGCUGUUACGGUGUAUCCAAACUAUCCUGGUGGGGAUAAUCACUUUACGUCAUAUGUCUGCAAUAACGACUCCAAUUUAUACAUUUUGGACAUUGCCAACAGCAGAGUCACUGCAGACCGUAAAUUUGUAUGUGAGAACAACACAUCCCUCAACAAUGUGCAUCAGCUGCCUGACGGUAGACUUCUAACUGCCACGGGUGACUCCAGCUCCAUCUUUUUGCUCGAUCCAAAAUCACCAAAUCCACGAAUCGAAGUUAUUAAAACUUCAUAUGACUCUGGUUUUGGUAUCUCAUAUCACAACAACGAAAACACAUUGGCCGUGGCUUUCCAGGAAGGCGCCUGCUUGCUUUAUGAUUUGCGUAAAGCCACUCAAGAUCCUCUCUUUGAGGUGAAGUCCACGAGGCCAGGUCACCAAUCUGGCGCCUUCAGGUGUUGCAAGUUCUUGCACACCGCCAUUCAGGACUUACUUGUCAUUUCAGAGCAUGUUGGAAGGGUUCAUCUUGUCGAUUUACGUGAUCUCGACCAGGAUAACCAACAAGUGCUAGUGUUCCCCUUUGCAUUAGACCAGUAUGGUCGCCAUAAGCACGAGAGGCUCAAUGUGCGCGAGAAGCUCAUGAACUCACAAAGAAAGCACAGUUUUGGAGGUAAUUAUGAGGAAGCAGAAGAAAAGAACGUUGAAAAACACAAGCGUUUCGAGAUUUUUGACGAGUCACUGUCCCACUUUUCCGCUCCCUUGGUCUACGACUAUCACUAUCUUGCAGAGGAGAACCCCAAGCUUUUUAAGGACUAUGUGUAUCAGCCUCAGCCCAUGCCAGUCUGUAAGGAUGAUGAUGGCAAGGUUGCGCCUCCAGAACUCAACCAUCCGCAGUGGAACUCUACGCCAAGCUCAGUGAACCAAGAAACAUUGCAAGACGGUUCAACUCACCAACCUCAUCACCGUCACAACCUGCAAGCUUUGGAUCCUCACGAUGUCAGACUGCGCUUGGAUGUUGAGGCUGGCCAAGGACUGUCUCAUGAUGUGGAGAUGACUGAUGCGACGCCACACUCUUCCCACCGUUAUUCGUGCCACGACUCGUACCAGCAGUCGGUUAAUCAUAUCCACGGUGAGAUGGAGUUGUCUGGAUUGGACUGGCUCGAGAAUCAGUUGUAUAUUGGCUGCGAAGAUGGCGGUAUUGUUACUUGGGACAUCAACGUACGGGCACGCCGAAGUAUUGGCAGCUUCUCUUACGUUUAG